AAUUUAAUCCGAUUGUCGUGUUGAUUUCUGUCGUACAACUAACUUUAAAAUCCAAAAAUCCAAUUGAUACGAACUAUAAAAGCGAAAAAAAGUACAAAAUAAAACGUGAAUUUAAAAUAAAAUUAACGAAAUGUUCAAGCGUUUAUUUUUGUUUGCCACUGUUGUUCUAUCUGUGGCAUUUGCAGUGGAGCUUCGUCGUGAUGAUAAGUGGCCACCGCCAGAAGUCGUUGCCAUUGUUCAACCGAUGCGAAUUACAUGCGAGGCAAAAACCGGAGUGACCGAUGAGGCAAUCAGACAAUUUAGCGAUGGCGAAAUACAUGAAGAUCCAGCAUUGAAAUGCUAUAUGGACUGUCUAUUUAAGGAGGCCGGGGUUGUUGACGAAAAAGGUGAAUUGCAUUUGGAAAAAAUGGUCACACACAUUGAAAAAUUGGACGAAGAAAUUCAAAUGAUUGCCAUUAACAUGGGGAGAAAAUGCUUGAAACCACAGGGUGAAAACCAAUGUGAGCGCGCCUUCUGGUACCACAAGUGCUGGAAGACGGCAGAUCCAAAACAUUACUUCCUGAUUUAAAUUUUCUUCAUCGUGCAACAUCGCGACGGCAAUAUUGACUUUCAAGUGAUUUUCGGUGUGGUGCAAUUUUUUCGUGUAAAUCACGACUUUUUCAUAACAAUUUUAAUAAAUAAUUAC